AAUUGUUGAAGAUGACUCCGAACAGGAUGAUUUUGAUAACAAACUUUUAAAUAUAUCAAUGUCUACGCCUCGGGCUGCGCAAAGUGUGUCAGGGGGAUCAAUGACUAUACCUGGCGCUGCACAAAGUCAUUCAGAGGGAUCGAUGACUAUACUAGGUGCUGCACAAAGUUUUUCAGAGGGAUCAACUAGCCAUCAUACAACUUCCACCAUUGAGAGCAAUCACUAUAGGUCAUUCUUAGGAUUGCUUGAUCCAGAUCCCAUUGAAAUUAGCGAUGAUGACAACGAUGAGGUGCAGACAGCUAUUCAAAAUAGCAUGGGCUUAGCAAACGAUUCAAGCGCGCAACAAAUGGUUAGUACUGUUUUGAAUGACCACAUAGAUAAAGUGAUGGUUGGAAAAUCCUGUGACGUAGCCAUAUCUAAAAACAUUAUUAACGUUCGCCGCAAGCAUGUAUUUGAAGACGGUAUUGCCAAGCUAGGAAAAAAAAAAUUUGAUCCUUCACGUCCGUUGUCUGUCAUGUUUGCCGACGAAAUCGGGUCUAGCGAGGGUGCUGUGGAUCUAGGAGGGCCGACACGAGAAUUUCUCCGCCUUGCAGUUUCAGGAGCCUUUUCUUCGAAAGCGUUCCUGGGAUUGCCCUCGAAAAAGGUGCUGGUUAUGAACCAAGAAGCAAAGAGGAAAAACUUGUAUUUUCAAUGUGGAAAACUUCUUUCCGUUUCCUUGUGUAAUGGUGGAACUGCAGGACAUUGUCUAUCCCCCUCUAUGUAUGACUUCAUUGUAUUUGGUGAAGAAAAUUGCCACCCAUGUAUCGACGAUGUACAAGAUUGUGAAGUAAAAAGUAUCAUAGAACGGGUAAAUAUUUGCUUUUUUAUCAAUAGUGAAAAGUCUGACGUUGUAUCUCGAUAUUGAGCUGGCAUUUUCAC